UGGAGCAAGGGAGGGGCAAAAGCAGGGCUCUCAACAAGCCCACAGCUGAAGGACUCAGUCCCUCUGGCAAGACUUGGGCUCCAGGAAUUGAAAGUGUAAGGUUCAGUAAAGUGAUAUCCAGUUACCCAGGCAGAGCUAACUAUACUGAGGCAAUGGAUACUGGUAGGAAAAGCAUGGGGGCAGACAUCGCUGGCACCCAUUUGCCCCUGAAAUGGAUCAGAAGAGUUUCAGCAAUACCAUAUCUUGUGCUGGUGCUGACAUCUUUCUUUGUGAAUAUGCUAGCUGUGACUACCCACUACUCAUGUGAAGAGAUCCAAGUUCAUCACGGUGUGCCAGACACGGUUGCUAUUAUUGGAAAAUUACUCUCUUAUCCAAUAUCUCCCUAUGCCUUCCAUGGGAAAAUAAGUCAGUUUCAGGUUACCCUAGUUCAUGAUGUCAAACUGCCAAGAUGGCUGGAAUAUCAUUCUCCCACCAAGACCUUGCAAGGACUGCCCUUAGAAGAUGAGGGAGGAAAUUACCCAAUCAUGGUGCUUGUAUCUGGGGUUCUCUGUUUUCAGCAAACACAAACAGCUUUCAUCUUUACCCUUCAUGUGCUGGCUGGGAAUGAGGUGAGGGGAAGCUUGGUGCCUUCUCCCAAUGGCAUUAGGGCCGAAGGAGGUUCAAAGGAAUUUUCUGCCAUUAUAGCUGAAAUUACUCUUAAAGCAGCUGCUGAAGCUCUUGGUGUCCAAGAGCGUCUCUUUUUGGUAUACACGCUGGCCGACUAUUUCCACUUAGAUCCUUCUUCAGUGACGAUGAGCCCAUUCAGAAGCAAGAUAAACAAGCAUCUGUGGAAUCCUCCAGUGAUGGCUGAAGAUCCUAGGCAUGUCAUCACUUUACAAGGUGACCUUGUACAAUUCCACUGGCCUAUGGGAUAUAAGGUUUCCACAGUACUGCCAGAGCUAAUGCAAGUGUUUCAACAGCAAGCUUCCUCUAAGUAUCUUGCCCAAGUUUUAGGAUAUACAAUUGAAGGUUGGAGAUUACUUCAAAAGUCUCAAACAAGAAGACCCAGGCAGUUAAGCUCAAUCCCCACUUCAACGAUGGGGCCAACUGAACUCAUUACAAAGCUAAGCAAACCUUUCUCUGUUUUGUUACCCACCUCAGUGACUCACUGGAUGCCCAAAGAUGAGGCAUCGCCAAUUCCCAGCUUAUGUGCUGCCUUGAGACAGAUCACUCCUAUCCCUGAUCCCAACUUUAUUCCAAAUACUGCAAGGAGUUUAUUCCAAAAGUGCACAAAGACUAAAAGGCCACAGCAUACAGCAGUGUUGCAGAAUUCGCUACAGGAAAUGUCCUUGACUACAAACCUUGAAUAUUCUGCUGCUUUUCCUGAAGUCACUCCUUCGAUGGUACUAACGGCUACUGCAUUCACAGAUUUUGACUUCCUUCAGGGUAGAACUUCUACACUGUCAAUGUCAGUAGAAAAACUAGACUCUCCAGAGUGGGAACUAAAAGGACACACCCUAAUCCAUGGGACAGAAAUACAAAAGCAUACUAUUUUACCCGAACUUGUCUCAGAAUCAGUCAAGCCCGGUAUUCACAAGCUCUCCUUUGAUUAUCCAAGUACUCUCAUUUUCUUAAGCCCUCAGUAAUGCAGGAUAUAGCCAUGCCUUCAGAAGUACUGUCUUCAAUGACAACAUUUCUCAGCAAAUGGAGUGGCUCUGUUCCAGUCCACUGGGAAAAAUCUGUACGUUCACCUGACAGUCUCUUGACACCUACAGCUUCAGCAAGGGAGACACUGGCAGCCUCCCAUUUUCCCCUUGAGUUCAGUCAAGUACUCCUGUCAAAUCAGCUAAGUCAACAGCACCUUCAUGAGCAUAAUCACACAUCUGACACUCCUGAAGUUUCUCAACAGAUUCAUUCAUUCAUCAUUCCUACAGAAAUAAUUUCAGCUCCUGGCAUAAGCAUAAAUACAAAAUUUGUAUGGAAUAGUACAUCUGACUCAACUCUUUUGCCCAUGGAAACUGAUUGUUUCACCAGCAAACUCGUAGAUAAAGGCUUAUUGUGUGACGGUGAUGUGAUUAUGAAAACUCAGUCAUAUUCUAAGGAGACCCCAUCAUUUACUCAAUUACAUGACUUAUCUGAACUGUCCCUUUCUGAGGUGUCUAAAUUUUCAAAUGCGUUUGCGUUACCUGAAAAUAUGGGCUCAAAAACUAUGAUGCAUAUUCUUAGUGACUGGUUCUCAGGCACAGAACAUUUAGCUUUCAGUGGAUUCUCAAGAACUAGCCAGAUUUUGCCAGGCAAUACAGUACUUAACUUGGAUUCUACUGACAUGGUUAUAAGUUACCCACAUACCUCCAAAAACAUAUUAACAGCAAGAUACGGGACUAUCUCUGACUUUAAUAAGGUACAAGGUAAGAUUGUGGGAGUUGUUGAGUUUUCUCUUUGCCAUAUUUUUCAGAGAAUAUUUAUACUAACAAGCAGCAACCAACUAAAUAAUUAAAAGAGU